AAUAGGAAUCAAAAUCGUGCUUGGCGACUUUAAUGCUAGGGUGGGCAAAGAAGGCAUCUUAAGGUACUACGGCCGGUAGAUUCAGCCUGCACGACGAAACAUCCCCAAAUGGGUUGAGGCUGAUCGACUUCGCCGGGAACAGAAAAACUAGAUUCCAGCAAAAGAAGAUUAAUCAAGCUGCCUGGCUGUCUCCGAAUCGAAAAACCACCAACCAGAUCAAUCAUGUUGUGACGGACGGAAGACACGUCUCCAGUGUUUUAGAUGUGCGUGCGCUCCGAGGUCUUAACAUGGAGCAGCCAAGAUUGGUUUGGACAAAAGCCGAGACACUCCUUUUCCUGAAGUGCUACAAUGAGAUAUAGGAUGAGUUCCUGCAGGCGCGGAAGAAAAAGGAAAUGAACGAAAUUUUUGGUGAAAGCUGUUUAGUGUCUAAGACCCACACCAUAAACAUUGGGACAGAUUCUCAAGAGGCAUUGGUUGAGUCAAGUGGAACGCAAUCGUUAACAGAUUUAACUGUUACUCUGUCUCUGUCUAGGCAGAGCCAGUCUGCUCUAAGCCGUAGCAUGUGCAGACCAAAUGCAGUGUAUCCACAAGAGCCGAACGCAGCGAAUCCUGUUCAAAAUCCUCGUUAUCGUAAAAGCGCUAAAGAACGAUAUUUUGAUCAAAAAAUCGAACUAAAAAGAAAAAGUUCAGAAGAAAAGGCGAAGUUUUACGCGAAAAUUGAAAAUUUUACCACAAUCCGUUAUGAAUAA